GAGAGGAAGGGGUCCGGGCGGGCGCGGCCCGGCUGGGGCCGGCGUGCUGCGUUCGGCACCGAUCCGCCGGGGGGAGGCGGCGCGGGAGGGCCGUUGAGACGCGCCAGCGUGGGCGGAGAACCCAGCGAACGGGUGGAAGGCGCUGAGGGAGGCGUUCCUGCAGCCACUUUGUCACUGUCAUUGGUCUUUAAUUCUCACCCAUCUCCCCGUCUGCUUUUAGAAACAGCUUCACAGGCAGAUCAGAGCUCCUUCUGCCACCUCUCCUUCCACCUGGCGCAGAGGGCCAUGGUACUUCAGCUGUGCAGUGCUACCACCCUCUGGCCACUUCAAUUCCACAGUCCUCAAUCUGCAGGAGUCUCUGAACUUAGUCAUAUGCCUCCUACAUCUACUCUUGGGUCACCGUGGGUGAAGUUCCCAGCUGGGCAACUGGCAUCCAAAUUGCGCUGGAUGAUUGAUAAAAGAAAUAGGAAUGGCUCCUCAGCCCUUUCAAGAAGAAUUUUGUCCAUUCUAACAGAUGUUCCUGCACAAGUUUGCCAUCACUCUAAAGCAAGUGUGUCAUGGCUGACCAACUGUGUCACCCCUGGGAUCCCCCAGCUGUAUCACUUAGUACCAUACCUGCUAUGGAGAGCAAGGGAGCACAGGCAUCUGGCACACUUCCUACAUAUCAGUCCCACCUGCAGCACCUUGUCACUGGGCCUGUUUGCAUCAGACAGAGCUGCACAAUGUGUAAAGUGCCUUUGUCAGCUAGUAUGGUGGAUUCUGGCUUAUAAUCACUAUGGCUAAAUAGAAAAAAAGCUUGACAAAAUCCACACUGCAUUUUUAAUUGCUGUUGGAAUCGUCAGAACUAACCCAUCCUGUUCCUGUUUCUCUCUUCCUGUUUCUGAUGCCCACACUCAUCAUGCUUGUGCUUGGCAGGGGUUCAGAGCUGCAACUGGAAGCAUCCUGAGGCUUGUGAGAUCUGAGUAACUGGUACUCUGUUGCAAGCCUAACAGCACAGAUCUCUUGGAGAACCACACGAUAUGCUUGAUUUUUAAACCUGUUGUUUUUAAACUAAUAUUUAGAAAUCCAAAAUAAGUUAGCUGUGCUUCCCUAAAGACAGAACUAUUGCAGAAUAAUUGGGGUAGUUUCGAAGCAAAUGUGAAUCCUUAAUCACUUGUGAAUAUUGCACAGCAGUAACAGGCUGUCUUAACAGGAACUUGUGUCCUCCAUCCAACAAAUGCUUGCAGAUCACAGAAAACAAUCAAGCCCAAAGUCUAGAAAAACCAUCUCCAGCAAACAGCACGGGGAUUUCAUAAUUAAGCAUAAGUUGUGAAUGCGUGUCAGUAGUCUCGGUUUGGAAAAGAACAUUUCCGCAGUCAACGUAAAACAGUUUCAUGACUGUGAAGAAAGAACUGAAUGGGCAUUUAUUAUUUACUCUCUUAGGAAGAUCAGAAAUUAGGUGAUUAAAAUGUUAUUCACUGUUUUAAAGUGAUGAUAGUUUUGAUCAAAUUAAUAAAAUUCUCAUUACUCACUAUAA